CUGCCAGGUACCUGGAUACGAUGAGGUCAAAGGUGGCAUUAAGCUCGGGAUAAGCGGGGCGACAAUGAGUGUGAUUGGUACGGGAUCAACGUGGGGUUUCGACCUAGCCCACCAAAAAGUUGUGCUCGAUCGCGAAGUCGACACUAAAACCACAGAACGUGCAGCACGACGCCUUACGACUCUCAGAUCUAAAUAAUUUCGCCGUCGAAACCUAGGCCCUACGAAAAUACAUCGCAAUCAUGUCGCGUCCCGAAGACAUUCUACCGCCUGACCUCCACUACAAUGAUACAGAAUCUCGCAAAUACACAACGUCCUCGCGAAUCCAGCGCAUUCAGGCUGACAUGACGCAUCGCGCACUCGAUCUUAUCGGCUUAACACAACCCUCCAUGAUCCUCGACGUCGGCUGCGGCUCAUGCCUGUCUGGCGAAAUCCUCUCACAGACGGUUGAGGAAGGCACACCCGCAGGCCCGCACGUGUGGAUAGGCUUCGACAUCAGUGCGUCUAUGCUGGGCGUUGCGCUAGAGAAGGAGGUUGAAGGCGACCUGCUGCUGGCGGAUGCAGGCCAAGGCGUGCCGUUUCGCCCAGGAACGUUCGAUGCUGCAAUCAGUAUUAGUGCGAUUCAGUGGUUGUGUCAGGCCGAGACAAGUGAGGAUAGCCCAACGGCGAGACUGUUCAGAUUCUUCAACCAGCUUUACGCAAGUCUAAAGAGAGGUGGAAGGGCGUGCCUUCAGUUCUAUCCCAAGAAUGAUGAGCAGAAGAAGAUGGUCGCUCAGGCAGCAAUCAAGGCUGGUUUUGGUGCCGGUCUGCUUGAAGACGACCCAGGGACAAAGAGCGCAAAGACGUACCUCGUACUCACAGUUGGAGGUGGUAACCUGGACGGCGACAUCACUGGUGUGGUGCGCGGCAUGGAGGGUGUGGAUGUCAUGGAGACGCGAAGGAAGGCCGGCACGAUGAAGAGAGGCGAAGAUAAGAAGGGCACCAAGGGCUGGAUUUUGAAAAAGAAGGAGCAGCAGAAGGCGCAAGGCAAAGUUGUCAAGGCCUCCUCCAAGUACACUGGCAGAAAGAGAAGGAUCCAGUUCUAGAAGAAAAGUGUUUACGAUACCAUGCAUAGCGAGGCGUUUAGGUUGCGGCAUAUCCAGGAGG